UAUCGACACGGCGGAUUGCUGCCGAAGCACCUGAGAAGCCGCUGGCUCACUCACCCGGUCUCCCAGGUAGCGCUGUUCUGCUGCCCUCGGAACUCGAGCCAGCCGAAGGCGCACGUCGACGUAAGGAGGCCACGACCCACGGGCACGGUACCACUGAGAUAGCUGCGCCAUGAUUUUCUCCAGUACCUGCAACUUCUCGGCCGUGGCCGCCGUGUUGCUGCUGGUGCCCCUGUCGUGGCCAUUCGUGCUGUGCUUCUCGUGCCGCCUAGCCACGUGGAUGUACCGCCUGUACCUGGCCGCACUGGGAGGCAUGGUGCUGGCCGCCACCUGCCUGCCCAGCAGCCAGCAGGACAUCGUGGCCGACGUAUGCCGUUACUCCAUGCCGCCGGACUUCGACUCGGACAUCUUGGAGCAGGACAAUGCUUACGGAGGCGUGGCCGGCUCGGACUCCUUCGUCUUCAAGUCCUCCGAGCACGUGUCCGUCGCCGAGGCUCUGCGGCAGAAGUCCGGCUCCAGCGGAAGCCCGGAGGUGCGAGGAUGCUGCAGUCCCCGCCCGCUUUCCGACGUAUCUUUCGACUAGCGGGGGCCGCCGGAUAAACGCCGUGCCCAUGGGUGAAACCUGACGCGAAAGCGCAGCGUGGGUUGUUUUCAUUGGCGGCUGCUGCGGAUUUGGCCCUGCCUCUUCCACUU